CGCUGAUAAAUGACCCUGUGGAUCAGUGGAAGUUUCUGUGUUUGCACUUGUUAUCUCGUGCUUGAUCUGUUCACAAAUUCCUUACCCUGAGGAUUCUCACCCUGACAACAUGGGCAUCGGCAAUAUCUUGCUGUUGUCACAGGUCACUGCGUACGUGUUGCUGUUCCUGUUGUCUUUUUUCAUCAUAGUACCAUCUGGGGUCAAUCUAAAUAACUUCGAUGGCAACUGUGCCCUGUUUGCAACGGGAACAUGGCACGAAAAUAAAACCACGAGACAUCCAUACUUCAGCGUUGAUUACUGGGGGGAUCAGAGCAUGUGUAAUUUUACCAUAUACAUCGGUAUUUUGUCCAUGUUGGUGUCAUUUAUAUUUGUUGUGAGGUUAUCAAUAUUUCUGUUCAGAGAGGAUGAUAGUUCUUUUCUUGGUGCGUUCUUGACAUUAGUGAUUAAUUCAUUUAUCACUGUGUUGCUGUUUUCCGACUGUUUAGUAGUGACUCUAGGAUUUAACCAUUUCUGUGAUCAACUGGUAAAAUCACCAGGGUCUGCUAUUUCAAAAUGUGAAAUGGCAGAUUUGAUUCAGUGGGAUGUGGAUCCUUUGAUUGUAACUUCUGGGAUGGUUGUUUUCUUUGGAAUGACUGAAUUUGGUUUGUGGAUGUCAUGGAUCACUUGGUUAUGUCUACUCAUCAUGUCUACCGUGAAGAUAUGGAGGUACAGCCAGCAUGAAUCAUUUCUAAGAAGUAUGAAACGGGAGCGAGAGAGACUAUUUGGACACUAUAGUGAUCAAACUCAGAUAAUCUAAUCAUAAUGGUUUUAAAAUCAAGGGUAUACUUACUUCAGAACUUUGAUAUUUUCAUUUAUAAUCACUUUGCACAGGUGAUGCACUAUGCACAUAAUUUGCAUAUCUGAAAACAUGAUACUGAUAGUUGACCCCACCGCAUAUUAAUUCAUGAUACUGUAUCAGUAGGGAAGAAAAUGUUUUUUUACCAUAGCUGCAACUGUAUAUUUGUUUUUUUUUUGUUUUCAUGUAAUUAUUGAUAUUUCAAUAUUUAAGAGUCAAAUCAAAUUAUAGUCAUUACUGAGAUUUGUAAGGGAAAUAGAUAUUUAAAAAUGGAAUGAAACAUGUACU